CAUGGCAACUACGUCAGAAUAUAAACUAGUUUGUGGGCGUGGCGCAUUUCGACCAACAACAGCGAUAGGAGGGAACAGAUAAAGCCGCGUAAUUUACGGCAAAAACUACCUACCUCUACUUUUCACACUCUACGAGUUUGCUUCACGGCCAAGGAAAGAACUCGAGCAAACAUAAUGGAUAUGGUCUUCAACUACCUGCCAGAUGUCUUCUACCAGUCACUUAGACAUCACAAUUACGAGAAUUCGUGGCUCAAUGAAACGACAAAUGAAGAUCGCAAAACCCGGACAGGUCACAACAGGACCAAGAAAAUUCCUCAGGAUUCCUGCAAGGACUCCAGGGAUCCAUGUCCUAUUUGUCAGGAGCGUCAAAGACGCCCUCUAGCAACCUACAUCAGAAGUAAGUCCCGCCAGGAUCGAAAGGAAGAUCAGAGGAUUCUUGAAGAAGAAUGCGAGAUCGAGGAAACUACAUCAUCCUCUGCCUGCGACCAGAAGAGCGGAUCGCCCGUCAGUCCGCGACAGACGGAAGCAGCCAAAUGAGACACCACUACAAGCAGUGCCGGUGGCGGACACAAAGGGGAUUUAAUUGUAUCUGUACAUCCACAUUUAAAAACCAAUUUACAUUUCCCAAUGUUUGCUUAAUAUGUACCAUGUAACAGUACAGUGUUGGAACACAUUUGUCUCGUGUACCGCGAGUUCACCAGAAACGUGGAAAUAGCGUGACGCAAGCCUUCACACUGGCAGGUAAGCCACAGCGUCGGAUGUGAGGGCAUUCCCAGCCCCCAUCACUGUAUGCAACACUUACAUCUACUACAACCACUGCACAGCGAUAGAAAUAAAUCACUGGUUUGGGUUUCCUCGCUCGAGAAGACAAUGCCGUCAAAACAAUGAAGGAAACGAGGCAGAAAGGAAAGAACCAAAAAAGAAUUUAUUUGUACCGGAGGGCAAGAACUGUUAGGUCUAAAAAUGAGUAAAUAAGUUCAUAAAAACUUAAUUACAAAUAAGUUGAUCCCACUUAAGAAAUAUUUGUUGGUGUAGCUAAGAAUGGGAAAACUAGUAUUUAACUAUAAGAAACCAAGCACCUGCUAUGGGCUAUUGAGAUCAAAUCCCAGGGCAGGGUGUUGCUGACUAAUUCUUGCAGUUAUAAAAUAUAUUUAAAUAAACUGUGCAGCACUGUACAAACAAGACUGACACAUUCUGAUAGCCUAUAAACUAUUUUUUUUUACCAUUAUGUAACAUUGAUAGUGUUCAUACAGAUAAAGCAAGUGGUGAGUAUGUACUGUUAUGGUAUUUGAAGAGUUUCUCUGCACAGGAGAAAUAAGGCAUAAAACUAUAUUUAUCUUCUGGACAAAUCCCAAAAUAAAUUUGAAUAUAUUCAUCAUAGUACUGCUUUAUAUCCUUUUUCCAUAUGUGAUAUUCGGUGUCACUCACUUUUACAUUGGAAAUGGAUGUUCAGAUGCGUAAUCGCUUAAAAUAAGUUUGUGACAAUUCGGGUGAAUCCUCUGUUUUAUCAGUGUACUUUGGUUUUUGCCCGCAUUUUCUCCCUACAAUAAAUAGGAAAUGAUUAUAUUUUACCACUCAA